AUGGCCAACAUCGAGCAAACAUGGAGCCUCGCCGGCAAGGUCGCCGUCGUCACCGGCUCAGGCCGCGGUAUCGGCAAGGCCAUGGCCAUUGAGCUCGCCAAGCGCGGUGCCAAAGUUGCCGUCAACUACGCCAACGCCGUCGAGGGCGCCGAGCAAGUCGUCAAGGAGAUCAAGGCCCUCGGCAACGGCUCCGACGCCCACGCCUUCAAGGCCAACGUCGGCAACGUCGAGGAGUCGGAGAAGCUCAUGGACGACGUCGUCAAGCACUUUGGCAAGCUCGACAUUUGCUGCUCAAACUCUGGUGUCGUUUCUUUCGGCCACUUCAAGGAUGUCACCCCCGAGGAGUUCGACCGUGUCUUCACCAUCAACACUCGUGGCCAGUUCUUCGUAGCAAAGGCUGCCUACAAGCGCAUGGAGAUGGGUGGCCGUAUCAUCCUUAUGGGUUCCAUCACCGGUCAGGCAAAGGGUGUCCCCAAGCACGCCGUCUACUCUGGCUCAAAGGGUGCCAUCGAGACUUUCACCAGGUGCAUGGCUAUCGACGCCGGUGAGAAGAAGGUCACUGUCAACUGCGUUGCCCCCGGUGGCAUCAAGACUGACAUGUACCACGCCGUGUGCCGCGAGUACAUUCCCAACGGUGACCAGCUCUCCGACGACCAGGUCGACGAGUACGCCUGCACAUGGUCCCCCCACAACCGUGUUGGCCAGCCAAUAGACAUUGCCCGUGUCGUCUGCUUCCUGGCUUCCCAGGACGGUGACUGGGUCAACGGAAAGGUCAUUGGCAUUGACGGUGCUGCUUGCAUGUAA